GUAUGCACCACUGUUAAUCGCCAUUUUGAGAGAAAAUUGCUGCCAUGGCCGCCGUUCAGUGGAAUGCGGCUGCUCAAGCGGCCCAAGCAGCGCAAUGGUCACAACAAUAUUCUGGAGGUCUUGCACCUCCUGGCACGACAGACUCAACCAAUCAGGCGCCAGCGCCCGGCGUAGAGAAUCCUGCAUGGAAGAAAGCACAGGAGGCCCUGGAGAAAGUGAAAGAGAAGGAGAAGCAGGAGUCAACAGUUACAGAAAACCAGCAGAAAAACAUGCAACAACAACAACAAGAACAAUACCAACAAUACUACCAGCAGUAUGCUCAAUAUGCCAUGUAUCAGCAGCAAUAUGGAUACCAGUAUCCAUAUCAGCCUGGAUACAACCCUGCAUUCUACCAACAGUACCCAAAUCCUGGGGGCAUGUACCCAGGAUACCAGCCCAAUAUGCCUGGCCAGGCACCUAACAUGCCACAGUUUCCGCAACAGCCACCCAACAUGCCAGGCCCCCCACCACCACAACAACAACAACAAAAUCAACAACAACCACCUAUGAUGGGUCCAAACCAAGACAACAGCAACCAGCCCCCAAUGUCUGGACCUUGGACCCAGAAUCAGCAGAGUUAUGCUAAUGUCGUUAAGGGGAACAACCAACCGGGGACCAAUACAUGGAACUUCUCACAGAGGGGCCCCAAUGACCAUCCCAAUCAACCACCAAACCAAAUGAAAAUGAAAGCUGCUCCAGGUGCAGGGAUAAAAUUCAACCUUCCCAAGCGGCACCAGCAGAUGGGGAACCCACUAGCAUCAGCUGGCCACUCUGCAGGGUCGAACAACCAGCGGCAGACCAACUCGGAGCCACUGCACCAGCAGCAACCGCCGCAGUCGUUCCGAGGCCGCCAAGGUCAGCGUCAAGACAGGGAUCAACACGAGGAACCCAGUCCUCAACCUCAACAUGACAAUUCACUGCCUGCAGGGGGUGGAGGCACACCAAACCCAAGCGACUGGCCGCCAAGUCUCAAGGAUUAUGUACAAAGAGCCUUUGCCCGAUGUGAAAAAGAGAUAGACAAAGAUCAGGUAGAGAUCAUCCUGAAGGGUAAACUGACUCAAGUGUUUAACAAUGGGACAGCCUGGACAAUAGACUGGAACACUGAACCACUGCCAGGUAUCCACAGUGACCGAGUUAAACAGGAGACCACCCACAGACCAAGCAGAUGGGGGGAGUCAGAGGGUAGACAACAGAACCAGGGCCCAAACAGGGGACUGCAGGGUGGUAGGAACAGGUUUAGGUCAAGAUCAAGAAGUAGAUCGCGGUCCAGAAGCAGAUCCAGGUCCAGAUCUCACUCCAGAUCUCGAUCCCGCUCGCCGCGCCCGUACAACAGCUACAACCGGCGCUACAGGAGGAGAGCAGGCAGCAGUGGGAGCUCGAGUUCGUCCGACAAUGACACCAGAUCCGGCCGGGGUGUCCCGAGGGGCCGUGGUAGGGGCAGAGGGCGCGGGAGAGGCAAGGGCAACCAGACUCCUGGGAAAGGAAAGAACAAGAGAAAGAAGAAUGACUUUCAGUUCAGCUACGAUGAUCCCAACAAGGCCGCUAAGCUGCAGAAAAGAAUGGCUCGCUUCGCCGGAGACAGGAAACCUCGGUCACAACCCCUUCAACUCACUAUCAACAACUUCAAUAAUGAUAAUGACGACAGCGUAGAUUGCUGGGACCCCGAUCACACUGUCAUCGGGAUGUGUCAGGACAUCGAGAAACCCUACCUCAGGCUCACCACUGCACCAGACCCGUCUCUUGUACGGCCAGUUGAAGUGCUGAAGAAAGCUUUGGAAAACGUCAAGGCCAAGUACAAGGCACUAGGAGACUACCACUACGCCUGUGAACAACUCAAGUCUAUCAGACAGGAUCUCACGAUCCAGUGUGUUCGAGACAGUUUUGCAGUGCUCGUGUACGAAACACAUGCAAGGAUAGCCUUGGAAAAGAUGGACUACCAUGAGUUCAAUCAGUGCCAGACCCAGUUGAAAGCGCUGUACUCGGAGGGGAUUGAGAACGGACACAGUUGGGAGUUCACAGCAUACAGACUCAUCUACUAUAUCUUCACCAAAAACAAAGCUGAUAUCACAACAUGCCUGGCCUCGCUAACAAAGGAGAUGCGGGAAGACCCUGACAUAGCCUUUGCCCUGUCCCUCCGCUCAGCUUGGGCGCUUUCCAAUUAUCACACGUUCUUUAAGUUGUAUGGGUCCGCCCCCAAAAUGUCGGGCUAUCUCAUUGACAUGUUUGUUGACAGGGAGCGCAAGGCAGCGCUGAAGUUGCUGAUCAAAUCGUACGUCACGGUUCUUUUUAUCAUUUCUAUCAACUCCUCUUUUCCCCCUCACACCAAAUUGUCCUCCAUACCUAAUUUACACAAGGGCAAAAACCAGAGGGUACUAAAACUGCAUUCGUCAAAAUUUCUCUGCGUGUGUAUCGCUGUAUGUCAAAGCAGGCCAAUUUACACACAGGAAAAUGUGUCAUAUACAUAUGCAGUUUCUGUACCAUCAGGUUUUCGCCUGUGUGUAAAUUGGGUUUAAUUUUACUGUGUGUGCAUGUGUGUGUUUUUUCCUACCUACAAAAAUUAACACAAUUGCAUGCAAAUCUCUGUGUUCUCCUAAAAUUAUUGUUUUGCCUUGCACGCAAAUUCCUAAUCCUAAACAAGUGAUUUGAGCUUCUUUUUUUUUUUUUUUGAGCCCUCUACCAAGAAAUCAAUUGUAAAACCAUAUAGACUAGAGUACAUUCAGGAUAAUAUUUGGUACAAAAAUGUAGUAAUGUAUUUCAUGAUUUCAACCUCAAACCUGUGUAAUUUGCAGUCAUAUGUAAGUAGGUUAUCAUUAGUUUAACCACUUUUGAUUUAAAAGUGUUAAGUAUGGUACCUUUAUUCUUAGGAGGUCCACCAAGUAAGGUAGGCAAGAUUCUUACUUUUGGUCGUAAUUUCUUGUAAAGGUUGCUUUUUCCAAAGGGGAUAUCCAGAUAUCGGUAGGUAUUUCUUUGCAUUUGUCUACGGUAUAUACUCUAGGGUGUUGACGAAGUUAUUGUUUUGAUGUUGUUUAACAUAUUGUUUUCUCUCCCCAACCACCACCAUGUAGCUACCGCCCCAUGUUACCUGUAUCGUAUGUCGUGACCGAGCUUGCGUUUGACUCGACUGAGGUCUGCGUAGAAUUCCUGACGUCCCUCGGUGUGGUUUUGACGGCAGACCAAUCCAAAGUGGACUGCAAGCUAAGCAUGUCGGCCUUGACCGGGUUCUAGAAAAGCUUUCUAGCCUUCCUGACGAAAGGGUUCUUUCCUGAAUGCCAGAGCCCCAUUCAAAAUGAUUUUCAAUAGUUAAACAAAAAAGGAAGCUGUGAAAAUAGACUAUUCCUUCCUUACAACACAAUUUUUAAACAAAGCCUACUCUAACCCUACAAAUGUGAAAAGCUAUGAUCCUUAGACAAGCCUUCGGAAUUUUUAGUACCUGUUUCGCAGGUUGCUAGUUGUGAGUCCUGCACGUUUUUAUACCAGUGACAAAGAAAGAGCAGAAAGUUAUAUUCCUAUCAAUUUUCAGUGAUUGAACAAAUAAGAAGAUGUUGUAAAUAUGGAAAAUAUAUUUAUCUCAUUGCAACUAAAACUAAACAUUACUAGCAGAGCUUUAGAAUGGAUACAGUGUUGUACAGUUGUGUAGAGAAAGUGUGUCAAAAAAAUUAGUAUUUUUUUUUCUUUUUGGACACAACGUUGUAUUUUUGGUGUCCUGUUUUUCCCCAAUUUUUCUGGGUGUACAAUUCAGCGUCAACUUGUAUUUGGAUACGUUGGUGAGGAAAGAUCUGUAUUGCAAUUGGUCUUCUCUGGGAAGCAGUGGAUACUUCCAACGUCCAAUGAUGGUGCUCGGGGAGGUGGUGAUGGUCAGCAAGUUCAGCUGACCACUCUUCUGUCUUUUGGUCAUCCAGAGAGUUGCCCAGAAAGGGGUUCCAAGCCUUCGUUGCCCCCCCUUCCAUUUGGGUCAGUGCCAAGCCCUUCUGUGGGUGGGGUCGCUGUUUCGUCAUUUGGAAGUCAGCGCAGUCACCAAAUGCAGUGGUGGAAAGUCAAGCCGCUGCAUUACUUCGCCAGAGAACUCUUUGCUAAAAAGUUGUCAUUUCAGCCAUACCUUUCCACCAGUUCGCAUCAGCACAGUUCUAGAGAAUCAUCUACAAGAGCAGCUCAUCUGCAAGAGUGGCAAUGUCAACUUCAAGAAGGUCUCUCGUCUUCAUCCAUGUCUUCGUCAAUGUAUCUUCAUCCACAGUCUUCCAUCAAUACAGCAGUCGUCCAGGCAACCAACACGGCAGCGUCUACUUACACAAACUCUCGUUAUCAGAAUCACCACUUCCAGCUGAAGAAGUACGACCACUUCCACCCCUACAAGCCAGUCAAGCACCAGAAUAAGUAUCAGUAUCAGUUUACCGGUAUACCUCAAGGCAGAGUUGAAGCCAUCCUGUAGCCUAGGUCACCGUUUCUCAAGCCACGGAUCCCAACGAGCCAAUCGUCGAGGGAUAAGAAGAGGAGGAGUCGCCCAACGAGCCAGUGGAGUCCGCCGCCCUAGCCAGAGGAGUUCCCAACGCGCCAGUGCAGUGUCAACACGCCAGUCCUCUCCCAACGAGCCAGAUCAUCGCCCAGGAGCCGACGCCACCAGGGUAGCAGUUGUCCAUUCCUUUGUCAAUGAUGUUCAUCUGUUACUUGUUAUCUUCAUCUUUAUCCGUUACCUAUUGUCUCUCCUACAAGAAUGUCAAUCAAGUGUCUAAUGUCGUCAUUUGUUAUACAUAUUUCCCAACUAGACCAAUGAAAUGUUCUUUUGCUUUUAGCAACACCUGAUUCCAGUGGUGUUGCACCAUUGAGGACUAUAAGGUUGUAUGUUUCGGAACCAAUAAUUGGCCAGCUGAAAGCUGUACUUAGUAUGACCUUGUUGUCCUCGAUUUAGACAUGUUUGUGUUAUUUUUCUUCUCUUGUGAUGUAUGAUUUCGUCACAGAUGUGGACUGUAUCUUUCUCGCAAAGUCAGAUCAGAGUCUGUGUGUGGUUUGAAAUCACACAGCGGAAAUAAAGUAAUUAUGGAUGUA